CGCGUACAACUCAACGACAGGGAUGGCAUAUUAGACUUUUAUUAUUUUCAACGAAUGAAAGAGAUGAACAGAGAGAUGGAAAAAUCUUUGGGGGGCAAAGCGCUGACGACAAGCAAAAGUCAAAGAAGCAUAUAAGCGACGGCGGCACAAUUACGACAAUUAACGUAAGCAACCAAGUGGAACAGAAUAGAAUUUAAUAUAUUACACAUGUAAAGACAAACCAACAACAACAACAAACCAAGACCCAGAAUUUAACAAUAUGAUGAGGGCAACAGGAAGAAGGGAAAUAAUGCUGCAACACAGAAAAAAAUGAGAUGCCAACAAAAGAAUAUGAAAAGUAACACACACAGAAAAUAAACGUCAAAUUGCUAAAAUUGAUGACGUUUUUGAUGACAGCUUUAACCAACAACAUAAAAUAUACACCAACAAACUAACGAACGAACACUCACACUAAACACAGCGGAAACACCAACAAAAGAGGAAGUGAGUAAAAGGGAAAGAAUGGUAAAAACAUGAAAACACUUUUGCUUCACAUUGAUUGGCUGUUUGCUACAGUUUACUCACUCUUAUACAUGGAAAAACUCGUUAUUGCUAAUUGUCUCUCUCUCUCUCUUUCAUACAGUUUAUUAGUAAGGCGUUGCCAUAUUAAUUCCAAUUAGACUUGUUUUCUUAUUUAUUUCUUCCGAUAAAGUAAAGUGACGUCACUACUUUUCAGAGAGUAAAAUUUUAGUUCGUUUGUGUUAAUAAAGAUUAUGGAGAGAGUACAACACACAAAAUUCUAUACAUUCAUUUAAUUCGAGAGUAAAAACUCGUUUUGUUUGUUGUUGCUGCUGUAAAUGCAUGCAAACAGCAAAUUGUUAAAGGAACAGUGUUACCAGUUGUUUAGCAUUUCUCGUUUACAUUUACAGUUGCUCGCUCUCUCUCGCAUGAUACACGGGCGCCACGAGCCAUUUUUUGCGUGUUUUUGUUUGUACGUUUUGUAGCUUAAAGUGCGGAUACGUUUUGCCGACGCAAUUUUAAUAAAAAAAGAAAAAGUUUUCUAUCAAAAUUAAGUGUAAUAAGUGCAGAUUAAAUAAAAUGCACUUUAUCAAUAAAUAAUCUUUAAUAUAUUGUUUAAAACUUAAAAAUUGUGAAAUGUGUUUACUUAAAAAACAAAUUUAAAGGUUAAGAAAUAAAUAAAAAACAAAAACUAAAUCCAUGACCAUGUUACGUUCCAGUAGUCCUGCCAUGUCUGAAAUAUCUGUGGGUUCUCCCAGCCCGCCACCGCCAUUACACUCGGCCACAGCAUCUACAAAUGGUUUUCAUGUUCUCAACAUAAAAAGACUUAGACCCAGCGUGGAAAUAAUACCACCACCAACUGUACAAUUUCCCCCACCCAUGGCAUUGCCUCAACGUAGAAAAUCGAGUGCGGAGCGUGUUAAAAGUUUUUCUAUAGCUGAUAUACUGGGGAAAAAGGAAAAUGAAGAUAAAGCUCCUUUGGAAGUAAAACCCAUCAAAAGAUCAGGAACGCCACCAUCAAAACCUUUAGCUCUUGCCAGCAUUCCGGUAACGCAUCAUAUGCCUCCCCAUAUAUUGGCAGAACGUUUACCACCAGCUCCUCUUGCCGCUCCAGCACCUUUGCUAAUGUUAGACCUACCGGGACUACACAAAGUAAUACCCACAGCAUGGGAGCCAACACCAGUCAGCAAUCCCAAUAACACUUCUCCUCCUACCUUGCCCAUACACCAUUUCUUUCCACCGGCCUUAUUGCACUAUGAACAACGUUUGGCUUGGGACUAUCAGCGCCAAUUGCAAGAACAUUUCCAAGCACAGGCUCAGCUUUUACGACAAAUGAGUAUGGAUCCUAAUAUUAUACCUUCAGAAGAUGGUUCAGAACGUUCUCGUUCUAGUUCGGCUGGUAGUCAGUGUUAUUCGCCUGAGGUAAAUGUUGCCGAAGAUGACGAUGAUGAUGACGUUGGGGAAGAGGGUGAGGAAGAAUCUGUGAGAAAUUCUAGUAGUAAUGAGGAACGUUUACCCGCCAAUAGGGAUAAAAGUGAUACAAAUGCAAAAAAAUCAGAUGAUAAAUUGAAGAAAAAUUCAAAUGAUACUCCAUUGGAUGCUUUGUUUCAGCUAUCAACCAAAAAUUUUGAUGAAGAUCAAGAUCCUGCCACCUUAAACAUUUUUGCCACACGACCGAAUCCCAAAAAGAAACGCAAAAGUCGAACAGCAUUCACCAAUCAUCAGAUAUUUGAGCUGGAAAAACGAUUCCUCUAUCAAAAAUACCUAUCGCCGGCAGAUAGAGAUGAAAUUGCCGCCGGUCUGGGACUCUCUAAUGCGCAGGUGAUUACAUGGUUCCAGAACAGACGUGCCAAACUAAAGCGGGACAUGGAGGAACUCAAAAAGGAUGUUGAAAGUGUGAAACAAUUGUCAGCUCAUAAAAGUUUUUUAGAAAAUGUUAAUGAUUUAAGUAUUUUAAAGACACGACCAGUCAGCCGACAUCAGCAGCCGCCCAGCAGCACAGCCCCCACACAGCCUACCCCACAUGCGGAAGUCCAUACAGCAGCGCUUACACAUGGCAACCAUACUACGGGAGUCUACAGCCACACAACAGCAACAGCAAACUCAGGAAGACUACCAACUGCAGCAACAGGGAACAUCAUUUCAACAGUACAGCUGUCACAACAUCAACACCAGCAGCACCUCAUCAACACUACAACAACCAACACGUGCAAUGAAAGAAGAGACGAAAGCAUCAACUCAAGCGGAAGUUAUGAGGACUCUCAACUACAAAAUCUCCAACUGCAGCAGCAACAACCACAACAACAUCAACCCCGCAACUUACAAAUCAACCACAGUCGAGGAUAAAAAGGAUAUAAAAUUAUUGAAAAUGUUUACAUUGAUUCAUUACACUCAAGAAAAGCAAAGAAAUUUAAAUUUGUAAUUUGAAACCAUCUUAACGAAAAAAGAAACGAAAAUUUAUUUCUACAAAUUCCUUAAGGUUGAUUAAGUUUAUAAUAAAUUUAAAUAUUAUUUGCAAUAUUUGCCAAAUUAAUUUAUUUAUGUACAUAUGAGUACGUAAUAUGCAUGUAGUUACAUGAACAAUGUUUAUAAGAAGAUGAUAUUCUUUUUCUAUUAAUUAUCUUAAAUUAAUGUCUGCAUAUGUAUGUAUGUAAGUUUAUGUCUGUAAUGUGUUCCUAAUGAUUGAUGUCUGAAAUAUUAAAUUUCCUUAUUAAAAAAUUAAAUUAUAUUAUCUUUUAAACAAUCUGUAUAAGUUCAUAUGUGAUUUUUUGUAUUCUUUAUAAUUUCUUUUUAUCUUCUCUUUCUUUUUUUAUUACAGCUUUAGAUAUAUUUAAACGUUUUUUUUUCUUGUAAUUAAUAGUAAUUAUCCUGUGUAAAUGGUAAUCUUUUACAAAUAAGUAUUAAAUUAAUGUAUUAAUUUAUUAAGUAAAUAGUCAAAUAAAAUUGAAAAA